AUGUCACUAAUAAAGCUUUUCAGCUCUCCCAUCAAAUUAUUCAAAAAGGACGUGAUAAGUUUUCUUCUUAUCAGAAGACAUGAUUUGGGAGUAUUCGAUGAAAAACUCCGCUAUAUAGCUGUAAGGCCAACAGCAUCUGUGUCACAGCUCCGUAGGAAAGUCUGGUACCUGCUCGACCUACCUGACUUCUGCGAGGAGAUUAUCAUACUUAAAAGAAACAAUAGACAGAUACCAUUGACUGAACUUUGUAAAGGUAACGAUCCACAACACCCAUACGUACUAGAAGUAUGGCUGCCUGGGAAACAUAGAUCGUCUUCCACACUUAACAACAUGCUAACUAUGGGCGACAAUAAAACUAUAGCGGAUGACUUCGGAGCGCCGGAAAGCAUUUUUGAGGAGAAAGUGACCCAUGAAUAUAAUGGAAAUAACGAAAAUGAAAAUCACGUCGGUCUGCAGAAAGAAACCGAUUUAAAAGCAUUCCAAUCUAUAAAAAGUCAACAGGAAAUAAGAAAAUUUAUACACACAGAUUAUAAAAAAUCGGAUUUAACUUGCAAGAUAUCUUCAAGUUCAUUAUUCUUUAAAUUAAAUGGACGGAAAAGCCGAGACAAUUUUACCAACAUGCUGCUUAAAAUACAAAGUGAUUUGACAACAUUAAAUACGAAAUUAUCAGAUUUAGAGAACAGAAUACAAUAUUCUUAG